UAGGACUCCUCAUUUAGUAGGGCUUUUGUCUCCCCAGUUCUCUAUUCACUCCCACUAUCCCAAGAAGGGGCAGAAAGAACCAAGACUUUAAUCUCUCUGCCCCUCUCUCACCCACCUCUCUCUUCCUCUCCAUCUAUCUCUGCUUCACCAUCUAUAUAGUCUUUCUGUGAUGGGAGAGAGAAUCCCACCUGGGAGUUACUUCCAGUACCCUCCUCCUGGAGUACCUGCUUCUCCUAUUAGGUCUGCUUCUAUCCCUACAGAUCGAGAAAGAUACAUGGCUGAAUUGCUGGCAGAGAAGCAAAAGUUGGGACCAUUUAUGCAAGUUCUUCCCAUGUGCAGCAGGCUUUUAAAUCAAGAAAUAAGACGGGUUUCAGGCUUCAAUCAAAGUUUUGUGGAUCAUGAAAGACUUGAGCAUGAGAGCCCACUUAGGUCAUUCGGUCAACCCCCUAACGGUAGAGCAAUGGAUUUGGAGGGAUGGCCUGCGAUGCAAAUGGAGGAAAAUGGACAUAUUCAAAGAAUGACUCCAUUACAAACUCCUUCGAUGGGUUGGCCUGGGGUGCAAGGAAUUCCAACUACUCCUAUUGUAAAGAGAGUUAUUAGACUUGAUGUUCCUGUGGACAAAUAUCCAAGUUAUAAUUUUGUUGGCCGAAUUCUGGGACCACGUGGGAACUCACUGAAAAGGGUUGAAGCCAUGACAGAAUGUAGGGUGUACAUAAGAGGCCGUGGCUCUGUUAAGGAUGCUGUAAAGGAAGAGAAACUGAAAGAUAAACCUGGAUAUGAGCACCUUAAUGAGCCGCUGCAUGUGUUGGUGGAGGCUGAAUUUCCAGAGGAUAUUAUAAAUGCACGCUUGGAUUAUGCAAUGACAAUAUUAGAAAACCUUUUGAAGCCUGUGGAUGAAUCGUUGGAUCAUUAUAAGAAGCAACAACUAAGGGAACUGGCUAUGCUGAAUGGUACCCUAAGGGAAGAAAGCCCAAGCAUGAGCCCUAGUAUGAGCCCAAGCAUGUCGCCCUUCAACAGUACAGGGAUGAAAAGAGCAAAGACUGGAAGAUAACCUCUAAAAUGUUGACAAUGUGGCAUUGCUUAAUCUGCUGAAUUGCUAGCAAGCAAUUGUUGAUGACCUGAUGGCAUGUUUACAAGAACCUUGGGAUGCUGUGUUUACAACCGGUUACUUCUACACCUGAGGUAAUUUUGGGCUCGGAUUGUUUUGGCAUCACCGAUGGAUUAACCGCUUCAUUCAUUUUUGAGAUAUGCGCUCACAUCUAUUGUGACUUACUAUUCUUUCAUGUAUUAUUAAUUUUGAACAUUGAAGACUUUAUUUCAUUAGUUUAAUACCUUAAUAACCACCCCCCAUUCAAUUUAUCUGUAUUCUGCCAGCUGCUGGGUCAUAAAACUCAAAUGUACUUUGACAUUAUUAAAACAUCUAUUAUAUAACAUGCCUAUGCUGAUAUAUGCAUGCUUUUCUUGAA